GACAGAUUCUGGCGCAGACUUGUCGGAGAAAUAAAAAACAAUCGCCGGAGAACAUCCAUUUUCCGGCUGUACGGAGACGCAUUUCCAUUCAUACACAUGCUCCGUUGGUUGUUUAUCUUCCUUCUAACAGUUCCAGAAUGUCGAUAUAUGAUAAAGCAUUUGUGAACAGCGAGCUCUCAAAACCCACCUCGAUAUUCGGACUUCGGCUAUGGGUCGUCGUCGGAAUCUUCGUUGGAGCUAUAAUUGUUCUCGUACUAUUUCUUCUCUCCCUUUGCAUCACCUCCCGCCGACGAAACUCCCCGUCGAAUAAAAGAAGGAAGAAAUUUGAGCAAACACAAACCCUAACCCCCGCUGUGUCGAAGGAUAUACAAGAGAUCAUCCAUCACGAGUCGUCAGCAGCGGUGGAUCACCGUCCACCGGUGCCGGAGAUUCAAAUUGACAUAGGGAAGUCGGAGCACCGGGUGGUUUUCUCCGAUCGUCAAUCCAGCGGUGAGAGUAGAGCUACAAGUAUCGAAACGGCGUCGUAUGGUGGUGGAAGUGGUGUCCCUUCGUUGCCGGAAGUUUCGCAUCUAGGGUGGGGCCGGUGGUACACGCUCCGGGAGCUUGAGGCGGCAACGAAUGGACUGUCCGAUGAAAAUGUGAUCGGAGAGGGUGGUUAUGGUAUCGUCUAUAGUGGUGUGUUGGGGGAUGAUACUCGUGUGGCAGUCAAAAAUUUGUUGAAUAACAGGGGUCAAGCUGAGAGAGAGUUCAAAGUAGAGGUAGAUGCAAUUGGCCGUGUAAGGCACAAGAAUCUUGUCCGUUUGCUAGGAUAUUGUGUUGAGGGAGCCUACAGGAUGUUAGUUUAUGAAUAUGUAGAUAACGGGAAUUUAGAUCAGUGGCUUCAUGGGGAGGUCGGAGAUGUCAGCCCUUUAACCUGGGCUAUCCGUAUGAAUAUCAUUAUGGGAACUGCAAAGGGUUUGGCCUAUCUUCAUGAGGGUCUUGAACCGAAGGUGGUCCAUCGGGAUAUCAAAUCCAGCAACAUAUUACUUGAUCGCCAAUGGAAUUCCAAAGUUUCUGACUUUGGACUUGCCAAGCUUUUGUGUUCAGAAAACAGUUAUGUGACAACUCGUGUGAUGGGAACUUUUGGCUAUGUUGCACCGGAGUAUGCUUGCACAGGUAUGCUAAACGAGAAGAGUGAUGUAUAUAGCUUUGGUAUACUUAUUAUGGAGAUAAUUUCGGGAAGAAGUCCUGUUGAUUAUGCUCGACCACAAGGAGAGGUGAAUUUAGUGGAAUGGUUGAAGACAAUGGUUGGAAACCGAAAAUCUGAGGAUGUGGUGGAUCCUAAGCUGCCUGAAAUGCCAUCGUCAAAAGCACUAAAACGUAUACUCUUAGUUGCUCUUCGAUGUGUAGAUCCAGAUGCACUAAAACGACCCAAAAUGGGCCACGUCAUUCACAUGCUCGAGGCCGAUGACUUGCUUUUUCAUGAUGACCGACAUAGAGAAUCUUCACGUUCCCACGAUGGUCAUAAAGACGAGAAUCGUAGAUUAGGCGAUAAACAGUCUGUUGAAGGAACAUGUGAUACAAGUGAAGGUGGUGAUAGUAGUAGGAACCAUAAGUGGAGAUAACAACAUAAUUGAUUCAAGGUUUGCAAAGCCUUCUUAAGCUUUAUAUUUAUUGUUUGUUUUUAAAUGUUUUUUUCUUCUUGUAUGUUAAUUUCUUAAUAUUAUUUUAAAGCCUAAAAGUUACAUAUCAUUGAAACAAACACAGUUUACAUGUAUUGUUAUUAAGGUAAAUUUAAUUACUAUUCUUUGAGAGUGCAUCACUGCUGUGUAGGAUGUACUCUUGGCUGAAUCUUUUGUACUC